UUUUUGGUCCUGCCGCCAUUUCGUUUGCCGGCGCAGAGCCGAAAGGCCCUGCCGCCAUUUCCCAAAAUUCCCCACAAAAACUAACCACAUCACGCGCGUUGGUCUCCCUCCGCCAUUUUUCGCUGGCUGAAGCGAAGAAGGCGAGAGGAGAUGGCGGCGAAGGAAGCUGACGGGGACCGCUUCAUCGAGAUGGUGUCGGCGGGGGCGCUUUACCGCCGCGGUGAAUGGGAGCGCAAGUACUGGAGCUGCUCAAGGGGCAAAGAUCGCUACCCAUACCCAGUGGGCUAUCACGCCGUCCGCCAUUUCUCCGGGAUAUCGUACGCCAUGGAGAUCCAGCAAGGACCCAGAGGGCCUGUAUUCCAGGUCACAUCCACCGAGGGAGAUUGCGCGACAGGGCAGACGCCGGAUAUAGCUUGGAAGAACUUCCACAAGAAGACAGGGGCCAAAGUCAGGGAUUGGCAGAAGGCUGGGAGCUUCCCUCAGAAGAUUGACGGUGUCGAGCUUUUUGGGUUCAAAAAUGCAUCUGUUCAGAGACUGCUUCGUCAGCUUCUAGUAGAUUCGACUGGAUUUGGAAUAGACAUGCCUUCUCCAAAAAUUUAUGGUUCUGCUUCACCGUCAACUGAUACGGUUGCAGCUGAUGUUUCUGAUGAUCAUGAAGAGCAGCAUGUUUGUCUGGACAAGACAGUUGUAACUGCUAAAAGAAGUAUGAACCCGAUCCAGGAGGAAGGUGCUGCUAAGAGAGCCCACAACCAGGAUAUGUUGACUUCAGUUGAUAACAGCACAUUAGAGUUGGAUAAAUCUGCUCGUCAAAGUUUCAACAAGGGAGAUCCUAUAAGCAAAUCACAGUUGUGUGUUGUCUCUACUCCAAUAUGCAUGCCUACAUUACUGGAGGAAAUACCCUGUGAUUCGAAAUGCACUCUGGUUAAUGAUAAUUUGGGAGACUAUGUUCAAAAUUCAUCUCAGGAAGAUGGGUUAUCUUCCAGUUCUUAUUUAGGCUCUGAAAAGUCUGACCUGGAAGCAGCAGAGAAGGAAGUAGCUAGGUCUAUGAUGACAUUUUUGCUUCCCCAAGCUAUUCCACUUCUGGAGAAAACUUACAGAAGAAGGAAGAUUAAGCAAAAAAAGAAAGAAGAUGCAGUUUUAGCGAGAAGUGUUGCAACUCAAAAUCCCUCUGCUGAUGGCUGCAAAGCAGGUGCCACUUUGCCUACAAGUGUUGGUGAAGGGAAUAUGAAUGGCUCUCAAACACAUGUACACGAGGAACCUCUGUGUGAGGCGGUUAAAGACAUCAGCCCUAAUGAUGAUUGCAUGAAUGGUGAACAGAUCUCUAAAUCAGACAACAUGAAAGCCGUUGUUGCAGAUAGUUUUGAGGAUGAUGAGCAGAUUGGGGGUGACAGCAGAUCCAAACCUACGGGUGCUCACCAUGAGUUUGAUGAUGCAUGCUCUAGGGAACCUAAUGAGAACUUAAAGUUACUAAAGAGCAGAAGGGAAAAUUCUUCUGAGUGUCAGAUUGAGGUACACGAUAGAAAAAAUAUUCCUGAUGUGGUAUAUGAUCAUGAGAAAGGUCAGUAUAUUUUGUCUGAUUCGCUCCUUGCUUGUCUAGAAGAAGAGUUUGGCAUGGACGAUAGUUCCCAUCCUGCGCACUAUAAUCAUGGUAACAGCAAUGUUGAACCAGCGCAAUGCCAGCAGCAGUUGAAGGACCCAAAAGAAGGUACCGACAAUGGCUCUUCAAUAUCCACAGAUGGGGCAGGUGACAAGAACAUGGGCAAUGGACACAAUGUUUCUCAUGCACGUUCAAACAUUAAUCACGUGAAACACCCAGGAACAUCAACAAGAGGAUCAGAUCAUCAUCUGGAACUUAUCGGCUGCUACCUGCACCCGAUGCCCGUCUUGUCUAUCAUGCUGAGCACCAACGACAGUAGCAGCUUUCAUAUUUAUGUACUUUGUGGAUCUUCAGAGAGCUGUAAGAGAUUUCUCUACGUGUAUGACAUCACUCCUAAUGAUCACCAUGAGAAACCACCUAAUUUUGUUGGUUACACUACCCUUCUACUACCCUCAUUGGAGCAGGCUUCUACAGGGAAUUCUACAUUUGGAAGAUCCGGUAUACAGUUUACACCCGAUGGGCAGUUUCUUGUCCUCCUUACCAGUAUACGGAUACCAUGUUGCAGGAUGCAAAGCAUUGAGUGUUCAUGCUCCUUGUGCAAAGUGGAUCAGUGCGGUGACAAUUCUCUGAAGAUUGUAUCUGUUAACUUGGGCUACAUCUCACUGUUGACCAAAUUGAUGCCUUCUGGGACAGUGUCUUGCUUUUUGAUAUCUGAGCCAAAUUAUGUUGUAGCAGCUGAAGACAGCAGAAACUUGCAUGUAUGGAUGAUGGUCGCUGGAUGGAGUGUGAUCUCUGAGGAGUAUGUCAUUUCUAGUUCAGGUAAUGUGGGUCCCUCAAUACAGGAGCUUAGAAAAAUGCCAAAAAGCAGCUCUCUCAUUAUUGGUCAUGAUGGUGCAGGUGGCUUUUGUUUAUGGGACAUCUCCAAGCGAACACUUUUGUCAACUUUUGCAGCUCCAGGGAACAUCGUCUUCCAGAUUCUUCCUCUAGGCCUCUGUAGUUUACAGGAGGAUGUUAUUCAUGCUUCAGUUGAUGACAUAGAGAGAAGGUUACAAGAGAUCACAGUGAGUGACAUGUCGGAAAAAGAUGAUGGCGAGUCCAGUCUGAUGUCAUCAGGAAAAGAUAUAGCGGUUUGGAUUAUGGUAUCUUCUGCUUCAGUAGCUGAGUACCAACAUGACCUUCGAGCAAAAGAGCAUAAUGCUCGAUGGAGGCUAGCUUUGCUGGCCAACAAUAAAGUUUUAAUGGGAAAUAUUUUUGAUCCAAGGGCUACUUCUGUAGAUGCCUGUGGUAACCAUGGAUUUGCUGGAACACAUGGAGGUUUCUUGUAUAUGUGGGAAUUAUCUUCUGGGAGAAAACUUACAAGCACACAGUGCUUCAACUGUGCUCGAGUUUCCUGUGUUGCUGUCGAUGCCAAAUCAAGCGUAGUGGCAGUAGCUGACGAUGGUUGCCAGUUAUUACUUUACACUCAAAAGAGGGUGUAACGCUAACCGUGGCAAAUCUGUUGAAUGUUUGUAACUGUACAGCGCGUACAAUUUACAGCUAUCCUCUGCACUUCAGCUAACAGUUAUCUAUUGUACAUAGCUCAUCAAAUCUCAAGUUCCGUAGAUUUUUUUGUCUGUUUAACCAUUUCCCAGAUCUACCAUGAUUUUAACGACUAGUUUGUGAAA